GUAAAGCGGGGCGAAUCGUUAUGGGGCGAAUCGUCAGUAGGGCGAAUCAAUAUAGUUUCUUGCAGUGAUGAAACGGUCUUGUAAGACACUGUCAAACGCUGCCUUCGGGACUUUAUUCCUUGUUUCCAUAUGUUUAUUGUUUUACAUAUUAGGUUUUCUUCCAUUCAAACCUACCUGGGACGUAGAGCAGGUGAAAGAAACAGUUUUGCCCACUAUUCCAGAAUUGAAACAGUUGUCUCAUAGAGAGCUUGCUCAGCUAUAUCAUAGAUAUAUAAAUCAAGUACAGGUAUUGUGUAGACGUAUUGUACGUAUUGGUAGCCUAGGAGACGGAGGAUGGGAGAUUUGUGACGACAGGGAAUUUAGACCUAGUCAACCCUGCCUUGUGUAUUCAUUUGGGAUAAAUAAUGAUUUUACAUUUGAUGAUCAUAUGGCAGACAGAUACAAUUGUAUGGUAUACUCGUUUGAUCCGAGUAUGAAGAACAUGUCAGAAGGUGAGAGAAGAAAUAGACAAUGGUUUUAUCAUACAGGGCUGUCAGAACAAACCCAAAUAUUGAGAAAUGGUUGGAAAGUUUCAACACUACAUGAUAUUCUGGUGAAGCAAGGUCAUGUGGAGGACACAAUCGACAUUUUAAAAAUUGACACAGAAAAGUUUGAAUGGCAAACUUUGAUACAGAUCUUUGAGACAGGGGGUGUGAAAAAUGUUAAACAACUUCUUAUAGAGUUACAUAUUGCAAUAGUGGGAGAACCAGAAAAAUUAGAGUUAAUACAAGGGCUAGGAGUGUUGAAAAUGUUAUAUGAUCAAGGAUUUCGGAUUUUUUAUUCACACAGAAAUUUGUGGUGUAAAUAUUUAUCACAAUUUAAAGGAAUAGAAGAGAUAGGUUGUCACGAAGUGUCCUUUGUAUAUAUUCCUCAAUGAGUGAUUAUAAACAUUCAUUUUAUACAUAUCCAUUGAAGUGCAGGUCUUUCAGUCUAGUUACAUUAUAUAUUGCCAUACUAAGUCUAUUUAUCAUGGACUGCAUAAGCCUUUUUCUUGCAUAAUUAUGACUUUUUAAGACAGGACUUUCUACUGUUUACACUGGUGCUAGAGAAACACAUUUCACAAUGCUAUUUUACACAAGUUGAUGCUAUAAAUGACACCAUUCCUGUUUGCCUAUUACGAAUUGCAUUCUUAGGAAGUUAGGAGGAUAUCAUUUUGAUGUUACAUUUGAAGGUGAAAAUUGACACGCUUUCAUAAGAAAAAUGUGCUACAAUUAUUAGUUUUCAUAAUUACUUUCUGAAAAUAUGAUUCAUCAAUUGUAUCUAAUACGCAAGAAAAUAAUCAAAUACAAUUAUUAUGUAGUUUAUACUAGCUGGAAUCACUGAUGGGAGUAUCUCUGGUAACUGUUUAGCCGAAACUCAGCAGAGCCUCAUUACCAGCCUGAACCAGCAGCUGGUGUUAGAUUCUUAUAUUAGCUGUCUUUAGCACAAAGUGCUCUUAGUAGAGUUUUUUUUACAGCAACUUGUCAGUCUUCCAUGUAUUUGUUUAUGUUGUGUCCACUUUUUUUCCACAAUUUGUAUUGGUGCAGAUCCUUUUUUCAAGUUCACCCUAUUGUCAUCUAUGCGUGUUGUCAAGUUUCAUAAAAUUAUUACAAGUCCUUUUUGUAAUAUCAAAGGAUUAAGAAGUUUUUGAAUUUCAAGGCUAUUAGUUGGCAUAGCAACCACAUUUUCUGAACUAAGGAACAAAAUAAAUUGAUGUUCAUAAUCUCAAUAUUGCAAUCUUGCCAGGUUUAAAGUUUUAUGAAAAUAUUGAUAUUUCAAGUACUAAAGUACUUUUUGAAGUACCAUAAUUAUGAUCCUUUUUUUGCGAUGCAUUAUUAGCCAGAGACCUAAAAUUGCUGAAUGAUUUGUUACCUUUUAUUCUUACAUUCUUAAUGGUGCCAUUUUUCAGCAAGGACGCCAAAAUGCACAGAGAGCUAACAUACAGUCCUCUCCAGUGAACUGGUAGGGGAUAAAAAAGAUAUUGGUGCAUAUUGCUGAAAUAAUAUAUCAUAGAAUGUUCUAUUUCAUAGGCCGCCCCAAUAAAUGACCAUUAUAAUGCAAUGUUUCAAAGUGUUUAGUUGAACUUUUCAUAUUACUUAUUCCAGCUUUUAAAGAAAACGAUCACAAAAUAUUGGUUGUGUAUCAAAAUUGUAUUUUCAUGAAAAAUCCGAAUUUAUUUUAGCAUUUCUUAUAUAUCUUUGUUUCUAUAUCAGAUGCUUUUAUUCCAAGGAGAAAAGUUAAAUUUGUUUGAAACAUUUUACUUUCCUUUGAUGGCCAGUCUGUUUUCUCCCUGUUUAUUGAUUAAUUAAGCUAAUCAACAUGUAUAUUUUUAAUAAAAGAUGUGGUUGAAAUGCAUUAUGUCCAUUGCACAAUCUUUUCUUUAAAAUGGUAAGCAGUCUUUAAGGCAAGGUGCAUUUUGUCACUUAAUUUGUAGACAUAAUUUUCAGGUAAUGUUAUUGUUGACAGAAUAUCAUGUACAUGUAAUAAUAAUUUUAAAAUUAUUUGGAAAUAUAACUAAAUUCU